AUGUUCCUCAUUAACAUGAGAAACACUGCUGAAAGUUACCUCAACACCAACAUCAAGAAUGUUGUGGUUAUUGUUCCUGCCUACCUUUUUGACUCACGACACCAGACUUCAAAUAAUGCUAGUGUCAUUGGUAAACUUCAUGUCCUGAGACUUAGCAGUGCAUCAACGAUUACAGUUAUUGCUUAUAGUCUCGCCAAGAAGGCCAACAUCUUCGGUAAGAAGAAUGUCCUUAUUUUCGAUCCUGGGGGUGGUCCAAUUGAUGACUACAUGGUGGAUCUCUAUAGGAGUUUUAUUGAUGCGGCAAAAGCAACUUCAGAUGUUUUUUUUGAAGCAUACAGGCCUGCAGCUAUAUACUUCCCUAACUCACUUGCAUUGAUUUCUAGAACUGAGCAACUACUCAAGACUCUUGAAAAUCAUGAUUCUCUAUCAUAUAUGCAGAAUAUGGACAACCCUUAUAGCAUAUUGAUACAAAUCACUCACCUUUUAACCAAUGGAUGGAUGUGUCUUCCUCACGACGAAUUUCGAUGA